UUCAUCAUGAACAACGCCAUUGGUUAUGUCACAUAAAAAUGCCUUGUCGGACUGUUUCGGCGUCUGACUACAUGUAUAUAUUCACGCCUGGAUCACGGGCAGCGCCAGGGUGGUCACAGUGGCCUACAGCACACCGCAGGAGUUGUGAGGCCUAUACCUGGAACUCCUCGUGCAGUGAGGAAGUCACUGUUGGGCCACGUGCUUGCAUGCUCACUGUUUCGUGGCACAUCAGUGGCAGUUUCUGUCGAUCAAGUGCAGUUCUGCGUACCCGAGCAUGGAUCAGUGACCGGUCUGCACUUUCAUUCCCGCCAGCUGUUACUGAACCCUCAGCAGUCGGCCCUCUGGCUUGGCAAGUGAAACUUCUGGGUGAAAUAUGGCGGGCGUGGAUAUCCCGGCAGACAAUGACAGCGGCUACAUCUCAGCCACGAUUUUCUCGCCCGGCGUAGACAAACCAGAGGGUAUUACAGUUUUCCUGGGUGUGCUUUUGUUCGUGCUGUCCGCUGUCACCAUUAUCGGCAACGUAGCCACUAUUUUGGCCUUCAGGAAGAGCCGUGAGCUGCGUCGCAGGACGAGUAACCUCCUCAUCUUCAGCCUGUCCUGUAGCGAUCUCUUGAUAGGCGCCACGGGCCUACCAUUCGCUGCCACUACUUGUAGCCUGGGCGAUUGGCCCCUGGGCAAGCCGGUCUGCAUUAUCGGGGCUUUCUUCUCCGUGGUGGGCGUGUGUGGCGGCAUGUACACCGUGACCGCCAUCAACAUCGACCGCUGGUUGCUGGUGUCCCGGGAGUACACCACAUACCUUCGGAUCCAGUCGCCACGAAACAUCAAGCUGCAGAUCGCCGCCGCCUGGACCCUGGCGUUCCUGAUCAGCUCCUGCGAGAGCCUCAUCUGGGUGUCCGGCGGGGCGCGGAAGGUCGAGGCCAGUAUCGACUUUACCAUGGAGUGCCGCUCCCCGGUCAGAACCGACCUCCGGUUCGCCUUCGUCAUCGGUGUCCUGCUUUUCCUGAUACCCUUCGCCAUCAUGCUCCUCUGCAGUCUCCGGUUCGUGGUACUGCUGCGCCGGCGUCUUCGCAAGCCCAGCCCUAAAAUUUCAUCCAGUAGCAUCGCGUCUUCUCCAUCGACCGAUGAGAAAGGGGACGGGUCCCGGAAGGAGACACCACCUGCCAGUCCAGUGGAGAGCCAACCACAGCCAACAGGCAGCGACGUCACCUCAACAGUUGCCACAGCGUCCGAUUCGAGCUAUUCCCGCCCAAAUACGUCCCUCCCGUCGGCGGGGAAGAGGUCCUCCGUCCACGUUCGCGAGCACCCUCGCACCAAGACCCACGCAAGAAAGAUGAAGAACAGAUACAUGAAGCCGGCGAUUCGGCUGGCCAUACUCAUGAGUGUCUUCAUGCUGUGUUCUCUUCCUUAUCCGUUCUUUGUUAUUAUAGCGGACACCACGUGCGAAGACUGUGACUCAUUGCGGGUUGCGAGGAACCACUUGUCCAACUUACUCUUGGCCAACUCGGCCCUCAAUCCAUUCCUGUACGCAAUCAUGCACAGAAAAAUCAGGCAAUUCCAUGCGCAGAUAUUUAAUGCCAUGUUUUGUCGACAGAAACGGAAUGUCAGCAUAUAGGGUACUUUGGUCGAUGUUUUUAAAUUAGACGUAGAAUAUAAAAUUAUAUAAGUAGGUAAGGAAACAAAUAAGAUGUAGCGACAGUUUUCAUACGGUGUUACUUUCAAUAAGUGAACUUCCAGAGCACAUGUUGCAACGAUUUCUCGAAUGGUGUUACUUUCAUUGUUUUUCAGCCAGAUUAUCUGUUCUGAUUUUGCACACAAAACAGUGCCGUAUUAUCGGAAGUGAAGUGGCAGCCACCAACGUCUUGGUGCUUUUAUACAAAUCCUUAAAAAGUGAACAUGCAUUCAAACCUCAAAUUAGUGUACACCAUUUGUUGCUGAAUUCAAGGCCUGAAUUUUUAGAGAGAAGGUAUCCACCCUGUUGUCUAAGAACAUUUCUCUCCCUAAUUUCAACCUCGAACUCAGCUUGAAACUUUGCACUCGGAGGAAGUACACCCCCCCACUUUUCGAUAAUCCAGGUCCCUCCCCGUAAAUGACUACUGAUGAUCUACUGCAAGUGCCUAAAAAUAGCUCUACUUGCGUGUGUAAGGAUACUUGUACUGUCUUCUUGCUCGGAUGCACUUGCAUGAACAUUAAUUAGUGUCGUGUCGUUAUGAAUGUUCAUGUCACACCUGUUUGAUGGUUGUCACACACUAAUUUCCUGACCAGUGUAAAGCGUGCAGUGAGCUGCACUUUCAAGGUCAACUCAGCGCUUUUGUAGAAACACAGAACAUGAAAUACCACAUUUAUCUGUUAUCACAUUGAACAAGCAACGAGGAUUUUUGGAAGUUCCCCUGGCCUUUAUUCUCAAUUAACAGAUUUUCUUCACUACACUAUAAAACAGCGUUUUAGUUUAAACACUAUUUGUACCCAAUUUUUUUUAACACGUUUAAUCUCCAACAUGAAUGAUUAUUGAAAUGCGUUAAGGAAUGUGUUUGAAUGUUAAACACUUUUUCCAUCGCACACGCUCAGCUUUGUGUUAUCCGCCUGGCAUUUAAACACACUCCUAAACACAUUUCAGUGUAAAUGUGUGUAUCUCUAAACGUGUAGUUGGUGAAACGUUUAAAAAGUGAGUAAAAGUGUUUAGAUAAUUAUAAAUGUAUUUAAAUCCUAAGCGCCCCUUUUAACAGAGUAAGCUCAAGAAAGCGCGUAUUUUUGUCGAAAACAGUUUGAUCAGCAUUGAAAUGUAUUUGACACAAUUUAUGUGUUACGUCACUAAAUUCAAUUAAUUACCCAUAGACCUUUUUGAUAUAUAAAACAACAACAAAUUUCAUCUGAAAUCAAUUUAAAACUACACGUAUGGAAACUUUAAUACCACACAUAAUUCGCACAGAAUGUGUAAGCGUGAGUGGCAGUGAAUGGCAAUGUAAACAUUGCUCUGCAAAAUUUAGAAGGUACGAAGUAAUUACAAUACAGGAAAUUGUAAUGGAGAAUGGUCAUUGUGAUCAGAUAUGUCAAAACAGAUACACAUAUUUACCGCGUGUGCCCUGCAAACAAAAGGCACUCUUCAGACACUCCUCUGUAGCAGUACAAAUCACAUACAAUAAAUAAGUCUUCAGGCAAAAAGAGUCUACCUUACAGUCAACGGAGAAAAUAUUGUAACCACGUAUACAGGUACAACGUGCGUGCCUUGUUGAAGUAAUCACGAAACCGGAAAUUGCAACGAAGACUGCUACUUUUGAUCAGGUGUCGCAACAAAACACAGUUACUGCUUGUGCAAACGGAAUGCACUCGUUACAGUGGUGGGAUAGAAAUCAUUUGUUCCUAAAAUCAAUCUAUGAGAGAGAGCGCCUCUGAAUGUGAUACAGCCAUCACUUCUUAUUCAUACAUGUACGAGUAUUCAGACAAAAGCAUCUUCCUUGGAAUCAACGGAGUAUGGAGUUUAAAAUCUUAGGAUUAGCUCAUUAGCAUGAUAAUAGUAUCCACAGUUGGAGGUUUUUUUCCUUGUCUACCUCAUAUUAAUAACCUAGAAAUUAUCCGAAAUAAAUUCUUGGCUUUGA